AUGUCCGCGAUCGCAACAUCGUCGUGCCUCUCGGCGGCCGCGAAGGCCGUCGCGCGCGACGCCCUCGGCGCGCUCCAAUCGAGGAAUAUCUGGCGCACCCGGGGAGGCCGCGCCGGAUUACGGCCGCGCGAUCGCCGGAGCCUGGUGACCCGCGCCACCGCCACCGCGGGUCGCCUGUCGGGUUUCUCCGGCCCGCGAAUCUCCCCGACGAAGCCCAACAGCCAGACGAUGGUGGGCAAGACCCUCAAGAAGGUCAAGCCCGGCGAUCUCCUCGCCCUCACGCUCACCGCGGGCGACGGGAGCGGCCACCUCGCGUCCGGCGAGGAUCUCAACCAGGUCACGUGGAUGGUCGCCACCAAGCUCAGCACCUCCACGGGCGGGCACCUCUGCGUCGACGGCGAGGUCAACGGACUUCGCGUGCAGGUCAUCGACCAGGGCGCGCGGGGCGGCGCGAGACUCGGCAUCGUCGGCCUCGUCGUCGACCCGGGCGACAGCUGGUGGCACGAACGCUUUCCGGGAUGGAGAGCGCACCUCGCCAAGCGAGAGGAGCUGGAGACGUCCGUGAUGAACUCCGUCGUGGACCUCCGGAUCUGCAUGUCCCUGGACAAGAUCGAGCGGUGCGUCGUGACGAACCCGUCGUUGUGGUGCGCGGGCGCCGACUCCCCGCGCAGGCGCUCCGUCAUCACCGACCCCAUCGAGCGAGCCACGCAAACCGCCGGGGAGAUUCUCGCUCUACUCAACGGCGAGCGCGGAGUGGUGAUGUGCCAGCUGUGGGCCGGGUGGGCGCCCAUGCACGAGCAGCCCGUGGAGGCGCCCUACGUCACGCAGCUCCUCCGACGGGCCAUCGAAUCCGGCGUCGUCGGCGUCGCCAUGAGCGAAUCCGACGACGUCGAGGGUAACCCCGGGCUCACCGCCGUCCUGUACAGCAAGAAGGAUGGGCAGGAGAGCGCCGGGGACGGCGACGCAAGAAAGAAGCGGGUGCGCACGUGGCGCGCCAAGGACUGCGAGCGAUGGGCGCGGAAGAUCGCCGAGCUCGGGGCGCAGGCGGACUGUCCCGCGGUGACGCCUUACGAGUGCGUCUUGGUAGGCAUGGCGCUCGGAUACGACGAGCGAGACAUCGCGUACCACCUUCAAGGGCUGGGGUCGCCGUUCAGCGCGGCGCUGUUCGAACGCGCGAGGGAGGUGCUGGAGGGGAAGGACGGCGCGUCGGGGAAGAACGAGGAGAAGAAGAAGAAGAACGGGGGGCUCAUGGGCGGCAUCUUCAAGUGAUGA